ACAGCCCCUAGGAGCCGGGGCUCUCAUUCACAGCUUUCUAGAGAAAUCUGAGCCCGAACCUGCCAGAAUAGGGGAUCUCACCCACUCAGCUCAGCACCGAGGACACCUGCAGAAACACAUUCCCAAAGCAAGGCUGGGCGGCCGUGUGAAGUAAGCCAUGGCCUCGGUUUUGCUUCUCUUUCGGAUGGCCACCACCACCUAGGACCUGAAUGUCCUGCUGCUUUCCAGGAACAAAAAGAAGACCCUCUAUUUGUCUGUUUCACUGGCAGCUUGGUAUCGAACAAACUGUUGAAUGGGUCGCAGUUUCAGCAGACCGUCACGUGAAUGGGACCAGUCUCUUUUCUUCACAAAGAUCAGAAAUUAAGUACUUGGAAAGGAGAACUGUCCAAAAUGACCCAUUUACAGGCUGGACUCAGCCCAGAGACCAUAGAGAAAGCUCGCCUGGAACUGAACGAAAACCCAGAUGUUUUACACCAGGAUAUUCAACAAGUCAGGGACAUGAUCAUCACCAGGCCUGACAUUGGAUUUUUACGUACAGAUGAUGCCUUCAUCCUGAGAUUUCUCCGAGCCAGGAAGUUUCACCAAGCAGAUGCCUUUAGACUCCUGGCCCAGUACUUCCAGUACCGCCAGCUAAACCUGGACAUGUUCAAAAACUUCAAGGCCGAUGAUCCUGGCAUUAAGAGAGCUCUCAUUGACGGGUUCCCUGGAGUGCUGGAAAACCGCGAUCACUACGGCAGGAAGAUUCUUCUGCUGUUUGCAGCCAAUUGGGAUCAGAGUAGGAACUCCUUCACAGACAUCCUUCGCGCCAUCCUGCUGUCACUGGAAGUCCUCAUUGAAGAUCCAGAGCUUCAGAUAAAUGGUUUCAUUUUAAUUAUAGACUGGAGUAAUUUUUCCUUCAAACAAGCCUCCAAACUGACACCUUCAAUCCUCAAGCUGGCCAUUGAAGGGUUGCAGGACAGCUUUCCUGCCCGCUUCGGAGGAGUCCAUUUUGUCAACCAGCCCUGGUACAUUCACGCCCUGUACACGCUCAUCAAGCCAUUCCUUAAAGACAAGACCAGGAAACGGAUUUUCCUGCAUGGAAACAAUUUAAAUAGCCUCCACCAGCUAAUACACCCUGAAUUUUUGCCCUCUGAGUUUGGAGGAACUCUUCCUCCUUAUGACAUGGGAACCUGGGCCCGGACGUUACUCGGUCCUGACUACAGUGAUGAAAAUGAUUACACUCACACCUCCUAUAAUGCAAUGCACGUGAAACACACAUCCUCCAACCUGGAGAGAGAGUGCUCACCCAAGCCAAUGAAAAGAUCUCAGUCUGUGGUAGAAGCUGGGACCCUGAAACAUGAGGAGAAGGGGGAGAAUGAGAACACACAGCCACUCUUGGCUCUGGACUGAACCCCGAGCCACUCCACGCUCCCGCACAUUGCCAGCCUGCAGUGGACGCAGCCACCAGGAAGCACAUGUGCAGCUGACCCCACGACACAUGCGUUCAGCUCCCACAAGGGCCUCCACUCUUGCCACCCAGAAAUGACUGUCACCAGCCAUUGGUCUGAGCAGCCAAAGUUGAACAAAGACUUGAGAGAUGCUUUUUUUUUUUUUUU